AUGGCCGGGCUCUCGCGCGCCCCGCUGUUCCUGCUCGCCCUGGCCCUGGCCCUGGCCCUGACCCGGAGCCCCGCGGCCGACGCCAACGCCAACGCCGGGAGGCCGCGCGUGGUGGGCAGCCUGGCGGAGGCGGACGUGAAGGAGGAGGGAGUGCAGCAGGCGCUUAGCUUCGCCCUGAGCGAGUACAAGGCAAGCAACGACGCCUACCACAGCCGCGCCAUGCAGGUAGUGCGCGCCUGCAAGCAGAGAGGAAGGGAGAGGGAUAGAGAGCUAGAAACAUCGAUGAGAGAGAAACAUCGACCAGCUGCCUCUUGCACAACCCCCACCGGGGAUGUGCCCGCAACCAAGGUCGUGGCCGCCGGAAUGAACUACUUCUUGGGUGUGAAGAUUGGGCGAACCACGUGUACCAAGUCCCAGCCUAACUUGGCUGCCUGUCCCUUCCAGGAGCAGCCGAACCUGAAGGAAGCACUCUGCUCUUUCCAGAUACACACCGCCCCCUGGCUGGGCAAGACCUCCUUGGUGAAGUCCAGCAGUAAGAAUGCAUAG